AGGCCUAAUGGGGAGUUUUUAAUUCUGCAGUAUUGUUGUUGUUAUGCAUAAAUAAACGGAUUGUGUGCAAUUAACCGCCUCAAAACAUCACAAAGUGUAUACAUUAAAGAUAUGAAUGUGUGAGGUUGACCAUAGUUUAGAUUAUAGGUCACUGAUUUAAUUAUAGGCCAGGGUCACCUGUCCUUGUCAGUACCAACGUGAAUGUAGUAUAACCUCAGCAGAAUUUUGAAAUAUAUGUUGGGAGAAGAAAUCAUACAAAUGGGGAGUUUCAGAGGAGCAUUUUAUUAUGGAGGCAACUACAAAUAUUCAUGCAGUCAACUAUGAACACUGUACAGCAAAGUAACGCCGUGUACCCUGCCACUCCGUCAGUGAAAGACUUGGUGAGGGUUUUGUAUGGAGGAAAAAGGUUUGGAAAUCAUGUGGAUGAAGUCUGGCCUAACCUAUUCAUUGGUGACAUGUCAGUGGCCAAUGAUCGCUAUAGUCUGUGGAAGCUGGGAGUCACUCAUGUUCUGAAUGGAGCUCAUGGGAAGAUGCACUGUCAGGGGAGUCAUGACUUCUAUGGCUCCACUGUGGAUUAUUAUGCAGUGCCUGCAGAUGACUCACCAUCCUUUGACCUCUCACGCUAUUUCUUUCCCUCUGCUAAGUAUAUUCAGAGUGCACUUGACACAGCUGGUGCUCGAGUGUUUGUCCACUGUGCAGUCGGAGUGAGCAGAUCCGCCUCCCUCGUCGUGGCCUACCUAAUGAUCCACCACCAUUACACUCUGCUGGAGGCCAUCAAUAAGGUCAAAGAGCGCAGAUGGAUUUUCCCAAACAGAGGUUUCCUCAAACAGCUGUGUGCUUUGGAUAUGAAACUACGCCAGAUAUCAUAAUCCCUUUCACCUCAAAACCAAUUGAUUAUCUAAAUUACUGAACCCCAAAUAUCUGUUUUCCUUAAGAAUUCAGUGUCUUCGAGUGGCGGGACAUACUGUACUUUAAUCAGUCGGUUUCCAAGAACGGUAUGACAUCUAUUGACCCAGGUGCUGUGUUUGAUGUGAGUCAUGCUGUCGGUUCACAGUAUAUUUCCCCUUAUAUUAGUCGGAGAUCAAUGUAUCAACCCACUCUUAAGCAGAAUUGAUUUAAGACUUAAUAUGAGCCAAAAUGAGUAAUUUAACCUCGGUUCAAUGUUGAACAAAAAGUACAUCCAUGAUGUUGUGUUGUGUAUUCACUUUAAAACAUCAUGGACAAUCAAUCAAUGCUUUAUAACACAGUAUAAUCUAGUUGCAAGCAGAAUGAUGUACAUUUAAAGUGAUUAUCUAAGUAAUUAUCAACAGGUAUGAAGCAUCCAUGUGUGUAAAAAGAUGUUGAAUGUCUGACAACGUUGAAGCUGUAAUCACAUAUAACAUAUCUUCAUGAGUUUUGGCACGUUCAUUUACAGUUUUAAACGCAUCGUUAAUGUUUUAUCACAGGCUUCAAGGAUUUGUUAAAGUGCAUAAUAAAGUCUCAUCAUGGUAUCGCAAUAUUAUCUUUAUCAUUAAUCCAAUAAUUGUGAGAUGAAUAUCUGAUAUUGUGACAUGCCAAGUAUCAUCAUCACCAGUAAGAUUAGGAGUUGACAAAUAAAAUAAUGGAUUCAGUAUUCUCCCCCACUAUUCAACAAUGAAACAGCUAUUUCACCACAAUGUUAGGAGAUUAAAAACAA